UGUCCGCGGACAUGGACGCGUCACCGGGAGCGAGCGCGAACACGAGCGCGGGAAACGGCACAGUGGACAGGAGAUCGGUGCUCGCGCGCGGCGCCUACCAACACCUGGAGACCGGCGAGCUGAGAGUGCUCGUGCCCGCGGUGCUGGCCGUUAUCUGCGUGCUGGGCUUCGCCGCCAACGUCACGGCCAUGGGGGUCCUGAUCAGCAACGCGCGCAAAUCCAAGCUCUCCCUGAUCAACGCGCUCCUCCUCAACCUCAUGCUGGCCGACGGGCUCCUGCUGGCAUUCGCCGUGCCGUUCAAGGCCGCUGCGUACUCGCGCGCCGGCUGGACCCUGGGCCUGCUGGUGUGCAAGACGUGCGACUGGUUCGUGCACGCGUGCAUGGCCGCCAAGAGCUUCACCGUGGCCGUGCUGGCCAAGGCGUGCCACAGGUACGCGAGCAACCCCGCCAAGCAGGUCAGCAUCCGCCUCAAGACCAUCGCGGUGCUGCUGCUGGCCGUCUGGCUGCUGGCCUGCGCGCUGCCCGUCCCGCACUGGCUCUUCGCCGCGCUCCAGGAGGAAGGCGACGGCCUGGCGUGCGUCCAGCUGGUUCCCCCCGAAGCCCGCGGCUUUGCGUCCGGCUACGCCAAGGCGUACCCGCUGCUGGCUUUCUGCGCCCCGCUCGCCUUCGCCCUCCUCUACUUCUGGAGGGCGCACGGGCGCUGCCGGCGGCGCUGCAGCAACAAGGCGCAGAACCUACGCGCGCAGAUCCGCUCGCGCAGGCUCACGCUCACGCUCUUCGGCCUCACCAUGGCCACGGCGGCCAUGUGGCUGCCGCACUGGGUGUGGUGGGUGUGGACGCGACACGGCCUGGACAGCGGAGGCCCACUCCCGCCCGCGUCUUUCGCCCUGUGCGCGCAGCUGCUCAUGUUCGCCAUUUCGCUCGUGAACCCGCUUAUCGUGCUUGCGCUGUCCGAGGAGUUCCGCGAGAGCUACAAGGGCCUGUGGCGUCGGCUCACGCUCCGCAAACAGCAGCCCAAGCAGCAGCAGCCCAAACCGGGACCGCACGCGCCCACUGCCCCAAAGUCGCCCACCCCAAGGCCCGAGACUUCUGCCCACCUGCCGCCUCCCAGCAGGCCAGGCCGAGGAGCCGAGGAGCCCGAGAAGGAGAAAAACCAGCAGCAGCAGCAGCAGCAGCAACAGGAGCAGGAGAAAAAAGAGAAGGAGAGUCCUGGAAAUAAAGAAAGCGUAGUGCUGCCAGAUGUGGAGCAAUUCUGGCACGAGCGCGAGAGCGGGUCCCUCACGCUGGAGAACGACCCCACCCCCUGGGAGCACCAGGACCCCAAAGAGAGAAAGCAAUAA